UGUAUGAGUUUGAAUCUCAUCAUUUUACCAAAUUUCAUUUUCCCUUGAACGUCGAAAACCCCCCAAACCCAAACCCUAGCUCCUCUCCGCUCUCAGAUCUGUAAAUUUCAUGGGUUCCAAGCGCUCCGAUUUCGGGGAUGGUGCGAGCCCUGGAAAGAUUUUCAUCGGGGGAUUGGCUAAAGAUACUACUCUAGAUACCUUUGUAAAUUAUUUCGGGAAAUAUGGAGAGAUAACUGACUCAGUGAUUAUGAAAGACCGGCACACAGGGCGGCCAAGGGGUUUUGGUUUCAUAACCUACGCCGAUCCUUCCGUUGUGGACACUGUUAUCGCUGAAACCCAUAUCAUCAAUGACAAACAAGUUGAGAUAAAGAGAACUAUUCCAAAAGGAUCUGGCGAUUCUAAGGAUUUUAAAACAAAAAAGAUAUUUGUUGGUGGGAUCCCCACUUCUGUCAUUGAAGAUGACUUCAAGAGUUUCUUCUCAAAAUAUGGAAAGGUGGUUGAGCAUGAGAUUAUUCGAGAUCAUGUGACAAAGAGGUCUCGUGGCUUUGGAUUUAUUGUGUUUGACCAUGAACAAGUGGUUGACAAUAUUUUAACUGAUGGAAAUAUGAUUGAUAUGUCAGGCACCCAGGUUGAGAUCAAGAAAGCUGAACCAAAGAAACCCUCAAACCCUCCUCCUGCUCCUGCAUAUGGUAGUGAUUCUAGGGGACGUGGCUAUGGUGAUAGUUAUGGUGGUUUCAGCAGCUCAUAUAGCAGUUUUGGCAGUGGUGGUUUUGGCCCUGCCUCUUAUAGGUCAAUGGGAUCGGGAUUUGGUAGUAGAUUUGGUGAUUAUGGUGGAUAUGGUAGUGGGAGUGAGUUUGGCAGCCGUUAUGGAGAUUACCCUAGUAGUGAAUUUGGUUAUCGAGAAGCGCCACUUAGCUAUUCUGGCCGAUUUGGUUCUUAUGGUGGAGGCUUUGGUGGGGGGUAUAGCAGUGGGCUGGGUGCCUAUGGUCGUGGAGGGGGUUAUGGAGGUUAUGGUGGAGCUGGGGCAAGUGGUGGAUAUGACUCAGCCCCUGGUGCUAGUUAUGGUGGAGCAGGAGGGGGAAUUUAUGGAGGUAGAGCAGGUUAUAGUGGCAGUAGUCGAUAUCAUCCUUAUUCAAGAUAGAUGUCCUUUAAGCAUCUUGUAGGAGUUCUCACAUUUCUCUUGGCUAUUGCUUCUCGCCACUUGGAGUUGACUAGAUUUUCAAAGUACUAGCAAGGAGAUGAUCUGUAGAAGACUGGAGAACCUUAGUAUUUUGUUGUUUCUUAUUCACUGAAUUCUAAGUUUUAAGAAUCUCAUUCAGACGCUGUUAAGCUUUCUAAGCUAGACAUCUUAUCCUGUAUGAAAUGUAUUUUGUUCUAUUUUUAGUUA